GAAACCAGCAGCCUGGGGGCCGACCCGGGCAGCCCUAGCGGGGGCAAGGCGGCUCGCGCUCGGCGGGGCCGGUGCGCUGGGCAGCAGGCAAGCUCGAGCUCCAGCUGCCAGCCCCGGACCCGCCGGUGCCAUGGACGGCCUGCGCCAGCGCUUCGAGCGCUUUCUGGAACAGAAGAACUUUGCCACCGAAGCGCUCGGAGCGCUCGAAGCCAAGACCGGUGUCGAGAAGCGGUACCUGGCCGCGGGAGUCCUCACUCUGCUAGGCUUGUACCUUCUGUUCGGCUACGGGGCAUCUCUACUGUGCAACCUGAUCGGAUUUGCAUACCCCGCGUAUGCAUCAGUCAAAGCCAUCGAGAGCCCAAGCAAAGAAGACGAUACCCUGUGGCUCACCUACUGGGUGGUGUACGCUGUGUUCGGCCUGGUGGAGUUCUUCAGCGAUCUACUCCUGUUCUGGUUCCCUUUCUACUACGCGGGCAAGUGCGCCUUCCUGUUGUUCUGCAUGACGCCGGGACCCUGGAACGGGGCUCUAGUUCUGUAUCAUCGCGUGGUGCGUCCACUGUUCCUAAAACACCACGUGGCCGUGGACAGCGCCGUGAGCCAUCUCAGCGGUCGAGCUCUGGACGCGGCAGCCGGAAUAACCAGGGACGUGCUUCAGGCCCUGGCCCGCAGCCGGGCCCGCAUCACCCCAGUGGCUGCGGAGCCUCUGGCUGCCCUGGAGGCCAACUCCAAGGCAAGCCUGAGCCCGCUGCAGAAGGACAAGUGAAGCAGCCCUCCAGCCCUGGCACGGACGCUUCAACCAGCAAAAAGGGGCGCACACCAGGCACCCAGAUUCCCACAGAGCCUUCCGUGGACUCCCAGCCGGAGCCCCGCCCGGGCCCCUCCAGCCCCAGUGGACCC